UGCCGCCAGAUUGGCAACUUCAGUACUCGAUAGACAAAGUUAUUAUGGAAGUUAAAUCACAGCCAAAAUAAGAGUACUAAGCCCGAUGCAGCGUAGAUCAAACGACUUUUUAAUGAAGCUGGUAAAAAUGGAGAAGGACAACGGUAAUAAAGAUACCAGCGUGGCAGGAUGUUCAUCUAUAAAUCUUGGCACAAUUAAAGUGGAAGAAACCGAGACUUCACCAAACGUAAUAAUAAAAACCGAACCUACUACUCCAGGUUAUGAAGCGAAUAGUAACGAAAAUGUAAAAAGGGAAAUCGACAUCAAGCCAAGCUUUAUAAAAACUGAACCUCCAGAUGAACACGUAAGCGUUACUGCGACGAAACUGUUUUCUAAAGUGGACUUUAAUCCAAAAAGGCCGAAGUUAGAAGUCAAAAAUGACGAGCCUAAUGUAAAACACGAGGAUACAAAAAGCGUAAAAAUAGAGCCAACCAAUAAAGGAUAUCGUUGGAACAAAUUAGAAACUUCAUCUUUCGUGCCCAACUAUUAUAUGUGCCAACAACACCAACCACCGCGGAAAUCCUGGCGUUAUAUGUCAGUGGGUCAGUUGUCAAAGAAUCAAAGAAGGAAGAGAAACAAAUUAUCAAAACCUGGGUACCCCGAAAAACAAGACCGGGUACACCGUGAAGCCACGGCGAUUCGCAUGACCCGACUAAUCAUGGAGUUAGAUAUGGACAAAGGCGUACCUAACCCUGGUUUUGACGCGUACGUUUUUGAUCGAAUCAAAGAACAUGUUCAUGAGCGUUUUAAAAAAAUGUUCCCAGCAAAAUUGUUCACAGAACGGGGGUUAAUUAGUUACCUUAUUAAAAGGUAUGGUGAGGUUUACGGUAUGACCUAUAAAGAUCCGAUUUUGUUAAAGCAGGUCCGCGAAGAAGCCUUAAUGACGUCUAAACCUGAAGAAACUAAGAAUCAGCCAAUAGAAACGUCAAAUAGUUCGAAGCAAACACCACAAGAUUUACAAUUUCAGUCGGCAGUGGCACAGGUAGAAUCAGAUAUACUGUCAUGUCAGAGUAAAAACUAAAGGUGAGAUUGUUAAAAACUAGUUUGGUUCGCGGAAAGGAAGCGGAAUAAUUAUAGGCCUAGGAUCUAAUAGUUUGAAAACACCUGGGGCCGAUUGGAUAACAACUUGUUACUAAUAAUAUUUAGCGUAAGUCUCUUAUUUCCAAUUCCUUUGAUUUGAAAGACAAACCCCAGGUUUAAAAGACUGUAUUUUUGUAUUUUUUUGCACACAACGUUAAUGGCAAGAUGUGUCUUUCCAUAGAAAAGGGUCCAAAUGCUUCAUCUGCAAUAAGGACCUUUUUAUCUAUUAGAAAAAAAAUUUUUUCAAGGAAUAAGAUAUAAAAUACAAUAACAAAACUUAUAAACUGUUAUUAAAAUUAAGUAUUAAUUAAUUACGGUACCUACUUACAGGUGAAUUUUAUUUUAUCGAAAUUUCUAUUGGAAUUUCUGAUGGAUUCUUUUUUAAACUUAGUUCGUAGCGUAAUUCGUUCCUAAGAAGAAUUGUAUUAUCAAGCGUACUGACUGUUAUAAUUACCCACGGUAGAUUUUAUUAUUUCUUUAAAUAACGUUGUUGAAUCCGAUUAUAAAAAACUAUAAUAUUGUGAUUAAUUGAUUAUAUGUAGGUAGGUAGUUAGUAAUUAUUUGGAAUGUUUGUUGCUUCAUAUUAUAUGCCUACUAUAAUUAUAAGGAAAGUAAAAAGUACCUACCCAAGUAUAAA